AUGGAUGCAGUUAAAGAGAAGCCGGAUUUGAACGUGAAACGUCCUCGCUCUUCUAAUGCGUGGAGGGGACGUCUGAGUGCACCUUCAUUAAUUUCACUCGGCAGUGGUGGUGUUUGUACCUCACUGUACGCAGGUGACUGUGACUGUGUUUUUAUUUAUGCGGGGAAAUACAAUGGUGUAACUAUACCAAUGCAGACUGGGUAUUACAAGAAUAUUGAAAGUAUUGUGACCAACAGCCGCUUAGGCUCAAAUGGGCCUUCUCAUUGGAGAUCGUGGUGGAGCGUGGUUGUCAUCAAGUUCUGUUUUAUCUUAACUUUUCUGAGAUGCCAAUAAGCAAUAAUAUCCAACUUCUUUGCUAGCAACCUAGUUCUUCAUCUAAACAUGCUUCAGGGUUAUCAUCCUGUCUCUGUGUUCAGUGAGUCUUUAGAGGCUUUCCUGGACUUCUGGAAGGGGGUCUAUCUUAUGAGUCCAGUAUUUGGGUUCCUCGUCACGUUGUCUCAGACCAGUUUUUCCUCACAGAAUGAGCUGGAUCUGAUAAUCGCCUUUGAUGAACUUCGGACAGACUUCAAAAGCCCAAUAGAUCAGUGUAAUCCAGUCCACGCAAGAGAGCGGCUGAGAAAUAUUGAGCGUAUUUGCUUCCUCCUGCGAAAGCUGGUGUUGCCGGAGUACUCUAUCCAUAGUCUUUUCUGCAUAAUGUUUUUGUGCGCUCAAGAAUGGCUCACUCUGGGGUUAAAUGUUCCUUUGCUUUUUUAUCACUUCUGGAGGUAUUUUCGUUGCCCAGCAGAUAGUUCAGAGCUAGCAUAUGAUCCACCUGCAGUCAUGAAUGCAGAUACCUUGAGUUACUGUCAAAAGGAGGCCUGGUGUAAGCUAGCUUUCUAUCUCCUUUCCUUCUUCUACUAUCUGUACUGCAUGAUCUACACUUUGGUGAGCUCUUAA